ACCGCAGAGCGACACCGCCGCCGCCGCUGCCGCCGCCGCGAGGCCUCGCUGGAGAAGCAACCCAGUUUCCGCGUCUUCAGGAUGGCGGCGACUCUGAGGAGCCUCGGGAUCAAGACGCGGACGUGCAGGAGGGCCAUGAGGGAGCUUCGGUCGUACGAGGAGGAGGUGGAGAAGGAGGCUGCCAAGACUGCAGCCAUGAAGGAGAGGGGCGCCGAUCCCUACGAUCUCAAGCAGCAGGAGAAUGUUUUGGCUGAGUCAAGGAUGAUGAUCCCAGACUGUCAUAAGCGUCUUGAAGCCACACUGGCAGAACUGGAAGCAACUCUGGCCGAAUUGAAGGAGUCAGGAGAACAAGGUGUUGAGAUAGGAGAGGCGGAGAGCGCGAUUACAGAAGUUGAAACUGUAUUCGAGCAAUUCGAAGAUCAACUCACUAGUCAAGAGCGCCGGUGUGUUGAAGUUUUAGCAAGCAUCUUGAUAAAAUACUUGCCCUGACUUGUAACUGAUUACAUGAGAUGUUUUGAACCGUUGUUCGUACCUUAGAAACUCAUUCCAUGAGAUGUUUUCAUGUGAGUUGGUGUACCCAUUUUAUUCGGUGUUUGGUUGGUUGCAAUCUCAUUAUUACGCAGCUGAGAGCGGUUGACUCAGAAAUUUGUCCCGGAUGAAUCAGAUGGAGUUGUAACUUGAUAUUUGAGUGGAUACAGUAGAGACAUGCCAAUUCAGAUUCUGUAAA